AUGAAGAUAGAGCCGUUUCAAGAGGAGCCGCAGCUUCUCGACACGCACUUGAAAUAUGUCGUGCCGCAGCUGGUUGAUGCCUAUUUGGAGUAUUUGCUCCAAUCAUCGCGGAAGCCUCUCAAGCCCAAAACCACCACUCUUACUCAGGCCGUUUCUCGAGUCUUGUAUACCCUCUGCAAGGUUCGCGGCCAGAAGGUUAUUAUAGGCUUCCUUAGCAACGAGCCACGCUAUCUGGAGCCCAUCCUUGAUCACUUCGAGAAAGGGCUGGGUGAUGAUUCUCUCGUUUGGGAAGAAAAAUUCGUAGCCUUGCUUUGGCUUUCUCACCUCAUGCUUGCUCCUUUCGACCUGGCCUCAAUCUCCUCCCUCCAACCUGCUGAAACCGCCCACCAGCGCACCGGCAUCAGUCUGCCAGAUGAUCUGCCCGGCGUUGUCAACCGCAUAAUCCCGAUAUGUAUUGACCAUCUCAAGUGUGCAACGCGAGAGCGUGAUGCCGCUGCAGGCCUUCUGGUGCGGCUGUCUUUGCGGCCCGACAUGCGCAAAGUAGGCCUACUGGAAUCUCUCGUCAAGUGGGCAUUAUCGUUCUUCAGUAACACAACUGAAAGCGUCUCUGAUAUUCACAUCUGUCUGGGAGUCUUGACUUUUCUCAGUGGCCUUGUUGCGUCCGCAAACAAAGACGAAUUGGGAGCUUUCCUUAGGGAUAUCUAUAAAGCCUGUGAUUUCAUCAUCAACCAAGGCAAUCUCGAAUUUGUUAAAUCGUCCGCUGUCGCCAGGAAGCUUGUCAUCAAAACGUUCCGCAAUAUCGUCGUUCAUUACUUGCAAUCAGACUCCCCGGAGGACUCGUCCGCGUUGCUGGAGGACGUCAUAGAUUUCCUACUGCAAACCGUGGGCGACGGCGAUUCCCCAGUCAGAUACGCAGCAAGCAAGGCGCUCAGCGUCGUCACCAUGAAGCUCGAGUCGGAACUUGGCGCCGAGGUUAUCGAGGCCAUUCUAGGCUGCCUCAAUGAAGAUGUAUUAUGGGAAGGCUCUGCCAGGAACCUAAGUGCUGUCAACCCUCUGCGCUGGCAUGGUCUCACGCUUGCACUCUCUCAGCUACUAUAUCGAAGAGCGCCAUCCACCGAUCAACUUCCAGAUAUUCUCAACGCUUUGCUUCUCGCUCUCACUUUCGAACAGCGCUCUGCCACCGGAGGUUCUAUCGGGACAAAUGUCCGGGAUGCCGCUUGUUUCGGUAUUUGGGCCUUGUCCAGGAGAUACACGACAGACGAACUACUCUCGGUGAGCACUACCUCGAUCCGUGCUGCAGGAGGACACGAUCAGGCGCUGUCUAUUCCACAGAUCCUGGCCAUUGAACUUUUGGUUGCCGCAUGCUUGGAUCCCGCUGGAAAUAUCCGAAGGGGGUCUUCUGCCGCACUCCAGGAACUUAUCGGCAGACACCCCAAUACAGUACUCGAAGGAAUUCCUCUGGUCCAGAUCGUCGACUUCCAUGCUGUCGGGCUGCGCGAUCGUGCCAUUAGCCAGGUCGGCUUCAAGGCCGCACAAUUGGGCCAGAUAUAUUGGGAUUCUCUUUUUGCAGGGUUGCUUGGAUGGCGAGGUGUUGGAUCUCUCGAUGCGCCUUCCAGAGCCUCCACCUCAAAUGCUAUAGGCCGCCUGAGCAGUAUUCAGCCUUUCAGCACCGUCAAAGCCAUGAUUGAACGUGUCCGCAGUCAGCUUUGCAAGCUACAUAUCCGAGAUGUCGAGGAACGUCAUGGCCUGAUACUAUCGCUAGCAUCUCUGGUAACGGAAAGCGGCCGUCGGUAUGCUCCAGAAAAUUCAACACAGUCAAUUGACCAAUCAACUCCACUGCAGGGACAGGAAAUUGCAGAAAUCGCUGGGCUUUGGAGUCUUCUCGACGGCCAACUCGACCUUCCCGAGCGGGCAUUCGCAUCUCCUGCACUUCGGCCAGAACUAACUGCAUUUGCUGUCUGCACCUUCAUUGCUGCCCUGGCUGGUCUUACCAAUAGCUUGGGCGACAACGUCUCCUCUCCCGUUCCUUUUACCAAGGCUCUUGCCCUGGCUCCCUUGAGGCUCUGUCUCGGUCGCACAGAGGACUCAGUACUUCGUGCCGUGCCUUCGGCUGUCGCCAAUAUUUCGCUGCUCUUGGAUCCCAAUGAUCGGAAGGAGGAGGCGCACUCAUGGUUGGAUCACCUCAACUCAGCGAACGUCAGGACUGCUGCGCGCGAUUCGGGAUAUGCUAUUGCCGUUGGAGCAAUAUACCCAUCAGCUUCAGACGAUGCGGACCGUGCACGAAUAAUCGAGCUUUUGACUUCUCGAUGCACAGAGAAAGUCGGGAUCGAGGCGCGGGUGGUUGCACUACAGAGCCUGCAGUUCGUCUUUGAAGCAGCGGCAGUGACUGCUGAUAGCUCAUUGAACUCUAAGAUCUCUGUCGCGCUGAUAACAGCAUUGAAUGAUUACACAAUCAAUGAGCGGGGCGACGUAGGUUCGCUUGUUCGUUUGGAAGCUCUCAAUGCUGUGGACAGUGCUUGGAAGUACGGUCUGCUCACCGGUCUUGAGCAAGAGCAACAGAUCAUCGCCGAUGUGACAAGACUGUCAUUGGAGAAGCUGGACAAAGUGAGGCUGAGAGCCGCCUCGUGUCUGCAGCAUAAUGGCAGGGGCUACUUUGAUACGGAAGCUGAACUCAUCGCCUCUGGAAUAUCAUCGCACGAGUACUUCACACGUGCGAUUAAAUACUUCGACUUCGGAACAACACAGAGUACGAACCUCGCUAUUGUGGAAGGGUACAUCAGUUCCGCCGGCAUGGGCUCUGAGUCCGUCGUUCAAGCCUCGAGGCUUGCGCUUGUUGAGCGUCUUGAAGUACUCCCCACCGAAAGCGAAAGCUUCUCUCUCCUUCAUGUGGCGAAUGCAAUUCUGGACGUCUUCAAGGCUCAGCUCGCUAACGACCGCAUCAUUCUGCCCCUGCUCGAGGUUUUGGCAUUCCUGCUCGAUGCUCAGGUUUUACAGCGGCUCGUCGGAAGCAAUUUCAAAUGGCGCAAUUUCCUUUCGCUCGUUCAAAAGGCCCACUUCAAAUCCAACAACAUGCAAAAGCUCUACCUCGCGCUCGAUGUAUACCGAGGGCUUGCAAAUGUCCCGGCCAUUCGUCAGGAUGUGCGAACGAAGCUGGCAAGCAUGCUGCUGCACCCCUUCCCCAAGAUCCGUGUCGCGGCGGCGGAGACAUUAUUUGUGGUUUCGGCGAAUGGGGACCUCAAGGGACAUGACUGGUCACAGCCAUCCAAGAACUUGAAAAGUGUAGCAGACGGGAUAAAGGCUCAAGUUGUUUGA